AUGGCUUCAUCGUUGCAGCAGCCACCCCCAAACCUCGAGUAUGGAGGCAACAAGUACUCCCAACUUUCCAGCAGGCAACAGUCCAUCAUCUACGAUGAGUUGUUGAAGAAAUGCCAUCCGCUCCAAGUUCUCCGGGCGGAGCUUCAUGUCCUUGAGAAUGAAGGACGACCCGUCGGCGUUCCGAACAAGCCAAAGCUUAAGCUAAAACAGUUUGUAGCAGCUCCCAAUGGACAAACUUCGACUGGAGCACGAAGAGCUAUUUCCAUCGGCUGUGAAUGGGGGGAAGCUGAAAAUCAUCGAAGCGAAUUGCUGGCUAUUUGUGCCAUCGACGUUCUUACUGGCGAAACGUUGAUCGAAUCCCUCGUUGCGCCAUCACGGCCAAUAUGGGAUUGGCGUACUAAGCAUCAUGGUAUCUCCCCCCAAAAGAUUGAUGCCGCAGUGCAGGAGAAACAGUGCCUUCGUGGUUGGACACAAGCACGAGAGAAGCUUUUUGAGCACCUUGAUCGGAAGACUAUCCUCGUCGGGUAUGAAACUGGCAUCGACUUGAGGUUGCUGCGCUUGUUUCACACAACAAUUGUCGACUCACAGAUACUGGGAAUAUCUGCCAUCUUCGGCCAAGAAGGGGGAAAGAAACCAUCCCCAGAAUGCCUAAUGUUUAGGAUUUGCAGGGAUUUUCUUGGUAUGCCAAUCCAACAGAAUGCUUUUUACGACAGUGGCACCGACAAAGUCUUUGAGAAGGCACUGGUAUCGAGAGAGAUUGCAUUGCAAUGUAUCCAGCGGCCUAAUAUCUUUAAAAAAUGGGGGAAUAAAUGGAAAACUGAGUUGAAGAAAGUUCCUAAAGUCAAGAAUGCAAGUCCAGAAAAGAAAGCGGGUCAAGGAAAGAAAGCAGGUCAAGACAAGAAUAAUGCGAAAACAGCGAAGACGCAAAAUAAGGCAAAAGAGACGGGCGCUCCGGAUGCCCAUCCUAAUGUCGAGACAACCUCCGGUCCCAUCUCGGACAAGAGCCAAGCUGCAGGCACAUUCAGCCAGGGAUAUGAGGCCGGGUACCUGGCCGCAUACCAGGCCGCCUACCAAGCUGCCUUCCAGAGUGGCUUUCAAACGGGUUACGAGAAAUGCCUCGAAAAAGUAAAUUCGCAAGAGAAUCAAGCAAUGACCAACAAGCUCCACCAGUCUCAAAAUGCAUACGAACACACUCAUCAGGAAUCGACCCAGCAUACGGAUGGGGAAGACAUUUUUGACGACCACAGCGGGGUACUGAGCCAGGAUGAGAGUUAUGAUAACGAUUGGGCACCGGCAUAG